AUGCAAAAUUUGAUCAACUAUCGCAUGCGCGUCACGUUAAAUGAUGGCCGACAAAUGACGGGCCAGAUGCUGGCAUUCGAUAAGCACAUGAACCUGGUCCUCGCCGAUACAGAAGAAUUCCGUCGCGUCAAACGAAAAGCCGCCAAGCAAGCCCCCGGUGCUGCGGCCGCCCCCCUCGUCGAAGCAGAGGAAAAGCGAACCCUCGGCCUCACAAUCGUUCGAGGAACGAAUGUCGUGUCGUGCUCGGUAGACGGUCCCCCUCCUGCAGAUCCCUCAGCUCGUCUUGGUACCAGUGUGCCAAACGUGCCUUCAGGUGCUGCUACACUCUCAGCCGGUCCCGGUAUUAGUAGGCCCGCCGGACGAGGUUUGCCUGUUGGACUUGGUGGUCCGGCUGCUGGUGUUGGAGGUCCUGCCCCUGGUGGAUUUGGUGGAUUCCCUGGUGCUCCUGGAUUCCCUGGCGCGCCACCACCAGGAUUUGGUGGACGUGGCGGUCCUGCAGGUCCUCCUGGCUUUGCGCCUCCUGGAUUCCCUCAGGGCGCUCCUGGCGGUGGACCUCCUGGCUUCCAACCACCUCCUGGUUUUCAACCUCCCGGUCAAGGUCGCGGCUACCCACCUCCCGGAUUCGGUGGGCGUUGA